ACACAGCUAGUAGGAGAGACUAAAACUCCACACAGCAACUGAAGUUUCCCUGUUCAGUUGAAGAUUGCUAUGGUGUAACUGAAGUUGUAUUUCUCCCCCCACCUCCCCACUCCCUUUCAUGUUCAGUCAGAGCAGUAGUGUAGAUUUGAUAGAAAUUGCCAUUCUCCCGUUCCUUGGACUAUCUGAACCUGUAGAGGAUACCACAGCAAUGCUGGACUGCAGCGACUACGUUCUAGACUCAAGAAUGAACAAUCCGUCAGAAACCAGUAAACCAUCGAUGGAGAGUGGGGACGGGAACACAGGCACGCAAACAAACGGCCUGGACUUUCAAAAGCAGCCUGUGCCUGUCGGAGGAGCAAUCUCUACAGCCCAGGCCCAGGCCUUCCUUGGGCACCUUCAUCAGGUCCAGCUCGCUGGAACAAGUUUACAGGCUGCUGCUCAGUCCUUAAAUGUACAGUCUAAAUCUAAUGAAGAAUCUGGGGACUCUCAGCAGCCAAGCCAGCCUUCCCAGCAGCCUUCAGUGCAGGCGGCCAUACCCCAGACCCAGCUCAUGCUGGCCGGAGGACAGAUCACCGGGGUAAGAGUUACCCAGGGAUGCUGCAGUCCCACACAGCUCACGUUGACGCCAGCCCAGCAACAGUUAUUGCUCCAACAGGCGCAGGCCCAGUUGCUGGCGGCUGCAGUGCAGCACUCAGCCAGCCAGCAGCACAGCGCUGCUGGUGCCACCAUCUCGGCCUCUGCUGCGACGCCGAUGACGCAGAUCCCUCUAUCUCAGCCAAUACAGAUUGCACAGGAUUUGCAGCACUUGCAGCAGCUUCAGCAGCAGAAUCUCAACCUGCAACAGUUUGUGUUGGUGCAUCCAACAACCAACUUGCAGCCAGCACAGUUCAUCAUCUCACAAACGCCGCAGGGGCAGCAGGGUCUCCUGCAAGCGCAGAAUCUCUUAACGCAACUACCUCAGCAAAGCCAAGCCAACCUCCUGCAGUCUCAGCCAAGCAUCACCCUUGCCUCGCAGCCAGCAACCCCAACACGCACAAUAGCAGCGACCCCCAUUCAGCCACUUCCACAGAGCCAGUCAACACCAAAGCGAAUCGACACUCCCAGCUUGGAGGAGCCCAGUGACCUUGAGGAGCUUGAGCAGUUUGCCAAGACUUUCAAACAAAGACGGAUCAAACUUGGAUUCACUCAGGGUGAUGUUGGGCUCGCUAUGGGCAAACUCUAUGGAAAUGACUUCAGCCAAACUACCAUCUCUCGCUUUGAAGCCUUGAACCUCAGCUUUAAGAACAUGUGCAAGUUAAAGCCACUUCUGGAAAAGUGGCUCAAUGAUGCAGAAAACCUCUCAUCUGAUUCAACUCUCUCCAGCCCAAGUGCCCUGAAUUCUCCAGGGCAAGGGAUCGAAGGCUUGAACCGUAGGAGGAAGAAACGCACCAGCAUAGAGACCAACAUACGUGUGGCCUUAGAGAAGAGUUUCCUGGAGAACCAAAAGCCUACCUCGGAUGAGAUCGCCAUGAUAGCUGACCAGCUAAACAUGGAGAAGGAGGUGAUCCGCGUUUGGUUCUGUAACCGGCGCCAGAAGGAGAAAAGGAUCAACCCACCCAGCAGUGGUGGAACCAGCAGCUCGCCCAUCAAAGCAAUUUUCCCUUGUCCAACCUCACUGGUGGCAACCACGCCAAGCCUUGUGACUAGCAGUGCAGCUACAACCCUGACUGUCAACCCUGUGCUCCCUCUGGCCAGUCCUGCUGUCACCAGUCUGUCAGUCACAGGCACAACAGAAACCACCUCCAACAACACGGCAACAGUGAUUUCAACAGCACCUCCAGCUUCUUCAGCAGUGACAUCACCCUCCCCGAGCCCUUCCCCUUCUGCCUCAGCCUCCACUUCCGAGGCCUCCAGUGCCAGUGAGACCAGCACAACACAGACAACCUCCACCCCCUUGUCCUCCCCUCUCGGGACCAGCCAGGUGAUGGUAACGGCAUCAGGGUUGCAAACGGCGGCAGCGGCCGCCUUACAAGGAGCUGCACAGUUGCCUGCAAAUGCAAGUCUUGCUGCCAUGGCUGCUGCAGCAGGACUAAACCCAGGCUUGAUGGCAUCCUCGCAGUUUGCAGCUGGAGGUGCCUUACUCAGUCUCAAUCCAGGGACAUUAGGUGGUGCUCUCAGCCCGGCCCUGAUGAGCAACAGUACACUGGCAACUAUUCAAGCUCUUGCAUCCGGUGGCUCUCUUCCAAUAACAUCACUGGAUGCAACUGGAAACUUGGUGUUUGCCAAUGCUGGAGGUACCCCUAACAUCGUCACUGCCCCUCUGUUCCUGAACCCUCAGAACCUUUCUCUGCUCACCAGCAACCCAGUUAGCUUGGUCUCUGCAGCUGCAGCCUCCGCAGGGGCCUCUGGACCAGUCGCCAGCCUUCACGCCACCUCCACCUCAGCCGAGUCCAUCCAGAACUCUCUCCUCACAGUGGCCUCUGCCAGCGGGGCCACGUCCACCACCACUACUGCCUCCAAGGCACAGUGAGCCGGGCUGGGCUCUGCUCCAGCAGCCUGGGUCACUGUGCGCUGGGAUCGGCUGCCAGCCCGGUCGAUGGACUGAAAAUGCCGUGGGCAUCCUCUCACCGUGUUGUUGGGGACAAGAGAGAGAGAAAGAGAGAGAGAGAGAAGGAAAAAUAUUUAAAAAAACAAAACAAAACAAAAAACCAAAAAAAAAAGGAGAAAAAAAAAAAACAAAAGCAAAACAGGAAGGAUUUAAAGCUGGGACAGACAUUUGCCUAAUUUUAUAAUAAACACUGUCUUUUCAGGAUCGCUUCAUGGAUCGGAGAACUUUCUAACCAAAAAUGUAAAAAAAAAAA